AAUCUUCAAUUGACAACAAAGCGUUGGUUGCUUUCCCUUCCCUUCCUUACCCUUAUUUUUUUCUGUGAUGGACAGAAAAGCUCAGUAUAAACACAAGACAGAUGAUGUUGAUACAAUAAGAAAUAGGAAUAGAAAUGAAGAAAUUGCUUUAAGAAAAGAAAAGAAAGAUAAAUUAUUGAGCUCAAAAAGAUUUCGUUUAGCUGAAGGAGAAGAAAUAACAGAUGAAUACAGUAUUAGUGAAGUAUGGGUAAAAACCAUAGCAGCUAACUUAAAGAAGUCUGGAACUAACACUUUAGCAGCUUUAAAACUCUUACGACAGGCAUUUUCACAAGGAACAGUGUACAUUGAUGCCUUUGUUAGUGAGGAAAACAUUAUACACACACUGGUUGGACUAUAUACAGGAACAAACUCAGAUUUACAGCUAGAAGCAGGAUGGUGUAUCACAAAUAUAUCAGCAGGAAGCCAUGACCAGGCCAUGUUAAUCUCUAAAUAUGUAGCUCCAUACUUAGUAGCUUACCUUAGUAGUCAGAACUUUCUCUUACAGGACCAAAGUGCUUGGGCCCUUGGCAAUUUGGCAGGAGAUAGUCAAGAAUGUAGAAAUAUGGUCCGUGCACAGGGUGUGGUUGCACCAUUAAUUAAAUUAUUGCAGUCCCAACAUCCUGCUGUUGUCCAGUCUGCAGCUUUUGCUUUAUCAAACUUGGCCAAGGAAUGUAUUGAAAUCGCAAGGGAGAUGGUACAGGGACAGGUUAUAACAGCGUUACUGCCACAUUUCAUCUAUCAUCCAGACAAUGUCAAUAUACUGUCAGAGGUCUCAUGGGUCUUCACUUAUCUAGCCUCAAGUGGAGAAUUCUCUGAAGAAAUUGUGAAAAAUGGUGUUUUAACACAAAUAGUUGUAUUGUUGAUACAGUUAUCUGAGGUGCAACCACAUAUAGCAACGGUUGUGACGCCAUUGCUUCGUUGCCUUGGUAACCUGUGUAGUGGUCCAGACGAGUUCACAGUUAUGGCAUGUGAGAACCAACAACUACUUCCUGUAUUAGGAACUUACUUAUCAUCCAAUCACAGACAUGUUAAGAAAGAAACAUUAUGGGUUUUAUCUAAUUUAACAAGUGAAACCAAGGCAUGCUCUGCAGUGACACAUAGCCCUCUUUUACACCAAAUCCUAGAGCAAGUACCUGCUGCUUUUGAUAUCAAAAUGGAGGCAUUAUAUGUGUUAUGUAAUUUAGCCAUUCAUGGAGAAGAAAUCUGUAGUUACCUUGUUGACAAUGGAGUUCUACAGCAAGUUACACCAGUUUUAAAGUCAUCAGAUGUAGAAAUAUUAAAUUUAGGUCUAUCCUUAGUAGAAAUGGCACUAAGAAUGACACAUAAUGGUUGUCAUAUAUUUGAGGAGUGUGAUGGAGUGACAAGGCUAGAGGCUUUAGAUUACCACAAUAAUGAUACGAUAAGACACCAAGCCAGUGAAUUGUUAGAUGUAUACUUUUAUGGAGAAUCACAGGAAGGUGAUGGAUGAAGACAUUGUCAAGUUAACCAUUUAAAAGACAGAAUUAUAUUAGGCAGCAAUCUAUAGUUUGCUUAUUUUCAAUUGAUUGAGAUCUUCCAGCAUGCAUUAUGUAGAAGAAGUCAAAUUAUUUUGUUCUUAAUUCAGGGGGAAAAUGUAUCAGUCUGACUGGCUACAGAAAAAGUCAAAAUACAGAUCAAAUGCAUGAUUCUGAUUUCAAUUCUCAAGACAAAUUCUGAAAUGACAUUUGGAAGACUAAGACUAAGAAUGUGAGGCAAAAAAUAAAAGGUUUGAGAGCUAAAAAAA